AUGAGGCGGCCUGGUGCAGCACAUUCAUUUGCCUGGAGACAUCACAAACGAGAGAUUCAGCUGGGUUCCAGGAAACUACUCACAAAGAUGCUGAAAACUGGUCGACGGCCCACAACCGAUUUUGGCCUUCUUGGGGCUCAUCAGCGACUGAAACAUGAGGCGGCGUGCUGCAGCACAUUCAGUUGCCUGAGAACAUCACAAACGAGAGAUUCAGGUGGGUUCCAGAAAUCAUUUUCACAAAGGAAACUACCUACAAGGUUGCUGAAGACUCUUAGACAAAGAGUUUGUUCUUCAAUUACUCAACAAACCUUCGCCCUUAUUGGGGCUCAUCAGGUAGGCGCAGUCCCCGACUUCUACAUGAACCCAAAUUGGACUGAUUCAGAUAAAUACACUCAUUUGCCUAGCAAUUUGGUUUUCACGGGAGACUCAACUGAAUCGCUCGAGUAUGAUAUUCUACAACAGAAUAUGCUGUACAAAGGCCAUCAAUUUGGGUUCAACUAG